AUGAAUUUAACUCUGAUGCGUGCUUACUACCAAGUCACUGAAGGAGAGACACAUAAGAGUAAUUAUCGCGCAGAACUUCAAUUGCGAUGGCAUGAAUCUUACCCGGAUAAACCGUUCACGUCCCAACACCUAGCAGCCCAAAUUGCUAACAUAAAAACACGUCGACUCAUUUCACCUGACGAACUAGAGCUCAUGAAAACAGAUUUUGUACAAGCUGGACGAAACAGAAGAACUGACUCAGUCCGAAGAUCAAUUAACAGACGAAGCAACAUUCAACCGCGCCUGAAUGAACAAUCAGAUCCCGAAGGGCAACAGAUACAAGAAGACGAAGAACUGAAUGGAGAGAUAACACUCAUGUACCAGGAAAUUAAUUUAAGAUAUGAAGGAAUGUCAAUGGAGGGGAGGCCACAGAUAACAAGACUAAAGAUUGAUGCUGAAGCCAAAAGAGAACGUUGGAAGACCUAUGCCACAAAAUCUAUUGCGCUGCCAGAGUUGUCACCGAGAUACAAAAUCAAAAUCAAACUGCAACUGUCCAAUAGACCGGACCGUGAACAAAGAGCACCCUGGGAAACUAGACUGAAUAGAAAGAUCGACUAUUUCCGAAAGGAAAUAGGAGUAUUGCAUACAUUCCUCAACAGUGAGACCCCAAGUCGAAAGGUAAUGAAGAAAACGAGAAAAUAUGCCAGAAGAGUGAAGAUUAAACUCACUGAUCCUCAGCACCGACAGAAAAUCACCGUUCAUACUGAAAUGCUGAAACAAAAAAUAGCAGCACUGGGCAACAGGAUCCGAAGAUAUCAUCAGAGAACAUUGAGGUAUAAACAAAACAACCUUUUCGCUAACAAUCAACGGCUAUUCUUCCGACAAAUAGAGACAGAGGAUACAAAACAGCAAAAGGAGACACCAACCGAAGAGAGAAUGACGGCAUUCUGGAAAGACAUUUGGUCACAAAGCGUAGAACACGAUAAUGGAGCGCGGUGGAUCGAUACCGAAAUCCGAAACUCUUCGGGCUACACAGCAAUGCCAGAAAUUAAUAUCUCAGAGUCAGAUUUAAUUGCAGUCUUCAAGAGAAUGAGGAACUGGACAGCACCAGGUAUAGAUGGCAUUCACAACUACUGGUGGAAGACCUUCACUAGUUGCCACAAAAAACUUGCAAAUCUACUUCAAAGCACUUUGAAGAAUCCUCAAGAAAUCCCCUCAUAUUUUACUAAAGGACUGACGCACAUGAUUCCAAAGAAGGGCGACCUCACACAACCAAAGAACUACAGGCCCAUAACGUGUCUUCCAUCAGCAUACAAAAUACUAACAUCUAUCAUCAGUCAGAAACUAUACUCCCAUAUUAAAAGAAAUAACAUCUUAGCCUGGGAACAAAAUGGGUGCAAGCAUAAAGCUAGAGGAAGUAAAGAACUGCUGGUAAUUGACAACGUCGUCACUAAGCAAGCCAGAAAACGACUAAAGAACAUAUCUAUGAGUUGGAUCGAUUACCAGAGAGCUUAUGACUCUAUGCCCCAUUCCUGGUUGAUCAAAAUUUUGGAUAUCUAUAAAGUUGAUCAACAAGUCUCCGGUCUUCUCCGCCACCUGAUGUCGACAUGGAGAACAAUAUUGUCAGUGAAAGGAACAACCCAAACAUACAGAACCCAAACUGUUUCAAUAAAAAGAGGCAUUUUUCAGGGGGAUAGUCUGAGCCCUCUAUGGUUCUGUCUCGCUCUAAAUCCGCUGAGUAACAUACUGAAUAGAAGCGCUUAUGGGUAUGCCAUCGACGAUGUAACGAAAUUGACCCACCUUUUCUAUAUGGACGACCUGAAAUUGUUUGCCAGGGGGAAACAACAACUAGAGGGAGAGAUGGAGAUUGUUAGGGCCUUUAGUGAGGAUAUUCGAAUGAAGUUUGGCUUGGAUAAGUGCGCGACUGUUCACGUAAGAAGAGGAAAACUAACAGAAAAUGAAAACAUCACACUAAGAGACGGAGACUGUAUAAGAAAUUUGGGAGUUGAAAGCACGUAUAGAUAUCUGGGAAUCCAGCAAUCUUACGAAAUAAGACAAAAGGAAAACAAGAAGAUAGCUGAGGCGGAACUAGUAAGAAGGGUAAACAAGAUUCUAAGCACACACCUAAAUGCAAAAAACAAGGUUGUGGCUAUCAACGUCUGGGCGAUACCACCACUCGCAUACACCGCUGGCAUACUCACCUGGUCAAAAACCGAUCUGGAGCGACUGGACCAAAAAAUCCGCACAAUGCUGACUAAACGGGGUAUGCUGCAUCCCAAUUCAGCCAUUGAAAGGCUGUACGUACCCCGCGAGGAAGGAGGGCGAGGAUUGGCAAACCUAGAAGUGAUGAUUCUGAAAGAAAGAGAUAAACUAAGAAAUUAUUUCAGAAAUAAGAACUUACCUUUCUACAGAACGAUAGUUGAUGGGGAUAAAAAUUUCACAGUCCUGAAUUUGUCACGUUCAGAGGAACCUGAAGUAGAAGAUGCCUUAGUAAGGAUGAGAACAACUUGGCAGAAUAAAACCAUACACGGCAGGUUCUAUGCUAGCCUUAAACAGGCGGACGUUGAUAUAAAGAUGUCGAACACCUACCUAACGUCUGGGACAUAG